AUGAAAAGUUUUCAUUUAGAGUCAAAGGAUUUAUCGAUGAGAAAUCAUUUUAAUAUUUAUGUUCAAACCAAGGAACGAGGCACUUCACUUUAUCUCUUAAUUGAAAAUUUCAUAAAGAACUUCAUCUCACAAUCCAAACUAAAUGACCAAAAACUUCAUAAUGUUUAUGGAAAUGUUUCCUAUCAUGCUAACAUUGAUCUCAGACCUCAGCGUUGA